AUGACUGAGCCUUCCUCCUUCUUUCCCUCUUCUCAGAAAAGGCUCAACAUCAACUUCAUGGCUCACAUCUCAAGAGUGUAUAAGAAGACCUGCUCCAAUGGGAAGCUUGCCAUCUACCUGGGGAAACGGGACUUCGUGGACCAUGUGGACAUGGUGGAUCCCAUUGAUGGUGUAGUCCUGGUUGACCCCGAUUACUUGAAGGGUCGAAAGAUGUUUGUCAUGUUGACAUGUGCCUUUCGCUAUGGCCAUGAUGACUUGGAUGUGAUUGGUCUGACGUUCCGCAAAGAUCUGUACGUACAGGUGCUGCAAGUGUUCCCACCAGAGCCCACCAGCCCCCAAGGGCCCCUCACGGUCCUACAGGAGCGACUGCUGCAAAAGCUGGGAGACAAUGCCUACCCCUUUACCCUGCAGAUGGUUGUUAACCUGCCCUGUUCGGUGACAUUGCAACCAGGUCCUGAAGAUGCAGGAAAGGCUUGUGGGAUUGACUUUGAAGUGAAGAGUUUCUGUGCUGAAAACCUGGAGGAGAAAAUUUCCAAGAGAGACUCGGUGCGGCUGGUGGUUCGAAAAGUACAGUUUGAUAUCCCAGAGCCAGGCCCUGGCCCCUGUGCCCAGACUACCCGCCGCUUCCUUCUGUCAGCUCAGCCCCUACAGCUCCAGGCCUCAAUGGACAGAGAGGUUCACUACCAUGGCAAACCCAUCGCUGUCAAUGUUUCUAUCAACAACUGCACCAACAAGGUCAUCAAGAAAAUCAAGAUUUCAGUUGACCAGAUCACAGAUGUUGUCCUGUACUCCUUAGACAAGUACACCAAGACCGUCUUCAUUCAGGAGUUCAUGGAGACUGUAGCUGCUAACUCCAGCUUCUCUAAGAGCUUUGAAGUAACCCCACUCCUGGCUGCCAACUGCCAGAAACAGGGCCUGGCACUGGAUGGCAAACUCAAGCAUGGUGAUACCAAUCUGGCCUCAAGCACCAUUCUUCAACCUGGAAUGAACAAGGAGCUGCUGGGGAUCCUGGUGUCCUACAAAGUGAGAGUCAACCUGAUGGUGUCUGGUGGAGGCAUCUUAGGUGACCUGAUAGCCAGCGAUGUUGGCGUGGAGCUGCCCCUGAUCCUGAUGCAUCCAAAGCCAUCACAUGAGGCUGCUAGCUCUGAGGACAUAGUCAUUGAGGAGUUUGCUCGGCAGGAGCGGCGAGAGAGCCAGGAGGCUUUGGAGGAGGAGGGGGACGAGGGAAGCUGAGCACCUUCCUUUGGUGCCUCUGUUUGGGAGCCCCACUGUAACGCUCUAAUAAAUCAACUUGUCCCAGA